AUCAAGCCUUCCUCCACUUUGAUUUCACUUUUUUCAAUCGCUAAAUUCCUAGAGAAUGGAGUCAAUUACGUCACUAUCAUGCACUAGACCCGAAGGGAGCUGUCGAAACUAUUUCGAGUCAAAAGCUAAACAGGAGCUUGAUCCCUCCAUGUAGUCUCUCAGAUCCUGCCUCUGUGAUCUUUCUACACUGUAUUCUGUCUCAUCUUCUCUCCUGUACUUCCGCAACCAUGAACUCAAUAACAGACGCCCUCCAAAACCUAACAAAACCCUACCUUGACACCCUCCUCGACAAUGGCUACCUCCCGCACCCCAUCAUCCGUCGCGGCAUUCGCUCCCAACUCCGCGCCCGCAUCGCUGAAAUCUCAACCACCAACCUCUCCAAAGCCUAUGAGACCAAAAUGAAGUACGUCGAAGCGUUACGGCAGCGUCCAAUUGCGAUUGAGACCGCGACUGCGAACACGCAGCACUACGAGGUUGGUACGGGGGUGUUGAAGGGGUGUUUGGGGCCCAGGAUGAAGUAUAGUUGUUGUUGGUAUGAGGAUGAGGAACUGAAGAAGGGUAAUGUAAGUCUAGCAGAGGCGGAAGACGCGAUGCUGGAGUUAUAUGUGGAAAGAGCGGGAUUAGGCGAGGGAAUGCGGAUUCUGGAUCUUGGCUGCGGCUGGGGCUCCGGCGCCCUCUGCUUCGCCGAAAAAUUCCCCACCUCCCAAAUCACAGCGUUUUCGAAUUCGCGCACGCAGAAGACGUAUAUCGACUCCGUUGCCUCUUCAAAAGGCCUCACCAACCUCACCGUCACCACCGGCGACGUCGUCGACUACGACUUCCCCGCCUCCUCCUUCGACCGCGUCAUCAGCAUCGAGCUCUUCGAGCACAUGAAAAACUACGAAGCCCUCCUCUCCAAAGUCGCGCGCUGGCUCGUCCCCUCCGGCAAGCUCUUCGUGCACAUCUUCGCGCACAAAACGACCCCCUACGACUUCGAGCAAGGGUGGAUGACGGAGAAUUUCUUCACGGGCGGCACGAUGCCGAGUGCGGACCUGCUGCUUUACUUUCAGAGGGAUCUGAGGGUGAGGCAGCAGUGGUGGGUUAAUGGGUGGCAUUAUGCGCGGACGUGUGAGGAUUGGUUGGGGAAUAUGAUCAGGAAUAAGGGGGAGGUUUGGCCGUGUUUGGAGGAGACGUAUGGGAGGGAGGGGACGUUGAGGUGGUGGAAUCGGUGGCAGGUGUUUUAUUUGGCGUGUGCGGAGUUGUUUGCGUUUGAGGGGGGGGAUACGUGGGGAGUGAGUCAUUAUUUGUUUGAGAAGCCGGGGGAGUAGGGGAGUGGUGAAGGGGAGAAAGAUGGCGGAGGAGAUGUUCGGUAUGAUAUGCAAUAGGUCAAGUUGAAGGGAUUAGACAAGGGUAUCACGGAGUUCUCAGGACUGCACGUGAUAUGGAUUACUAAUGAACAGAAUCCGGGUAUAUAAACUCUCUGCCUACCAGUAUCAGAAGAGCAGAUCAAGAAAAGCCCCGCUCCAGGGUACCAAAACUGGGGCCAUGUCAUAUACAUGAGCUCCUGUGACAGCCAGCAAAACCAUACCAG